GGUGUUUUUUUGGCUCUCAGAGGGUGGCAGCAAAGCUGGUGAAGAAUUUAUGAUGAACUGGAAGAAAGGGACUUCAUAAUUGUCAUCGAGGCUGUCUAACUCAUGGAUUUCAAGCUUACUAUGCAGUUCUUAAAAUCAAACCUGUUUUGUUGGUGAUUUUUUUGUGGCAUCUUUCAAUAAAUCUUUUUUGUCAAACAGCAAACUGUCAACCACAUAUAAUCUUCCCACCUGGAAAAAAAAGGAACAAAUUAAAACACAGUGACUCAUACUUUCCGAAUCAAAAAUCUAAUUUCCUAAUUAUCACAGUGUAGCCAAACUAGCAGCUCUGUCAAGGCUGUACUCAGGCACAGUGGCACUUUUGCAAUUAAAUAUGAAUAAACAUGAAGACAUGGAUGCUGCAAAAAAAUCAUGAAUUUAUGUCAAUGUGAAAACCCUUUUUUUUAUUCAAAAGUAAACUUUCAUGCUAUCAUGUUCAUUAGAUUAGCAGGUUAGCAUAUGAUAAUUGUGGCUCACUUGAGGCUGAUGUGGAACACAAAUGUCUGUAUCAGGAUUUAUGGCAACUCGCCCAAUACUUGUCAAGAUAUGUCACCCAAAACCACAAAUGUCGACCCCAAUAUAGCACUCGAGGAAAAGUCAUUAUCAUCUGCACAUCAUAGAUGUCUGUGCAAAACUGGUGCCAAAGAGCCAAGCAGGUGAAGAGAUAUGUCAGUGAAAAAUGUGCGGCAUCAGGUCUCAAAAACACAGUUUCUUUGAGUCAGACCUGGAAUGUUGUUCGCUUUGAGAGGUGGAGCCAGACGGGAAACGUCAGAAAAGCAAGCCUGUGUACGCAGAUUCAAACACAGCAGUGUUAAAAAUGGUACGGUUGUGAAAGUUGUGAGACAUACUUUGUAAAUCGUGCAAGUUACUUCAGAGGAAUAUGGGAAGUCAGAUGACUGGGGGUGUGUUGUUCAGGCAGUAUUUAUAGUUAAGUGCAGUGUGGUAGUUCAAGGUGUGGCCUCUGUUGUGGAGAUCGAGCUGAGAUACAAGGUUCAUCCAAAACGUUGGUCAAAAUGAAGAGUCUGGUUGGCUGUUGUGGGCUUAUCUUGGCAUUUCUUUUGAGCUGCACAGAACAGAUGGAACAACAGACAACAGUUCUUUCUCAAGGAACAGACUGCACGCAGAUCAAGGCUCUCUCACCACGAGCGUCCAAUGGGGUCUAUCUCAUCAAGCCUCCAGGAGUCAAGACCCCGUUGAAGGUAUACUGUGAGAUGCGACCAGAUGGAGGCUGGAUGGUGUUCCAGAGACGCAGUGGAGAGGCGCUCUCCUUCAACAGGAAAUGGGCAGCAUACAAAAAUGGUUUUGGAGACCUGACACAGGACCACUGGCUUGGCCUGAAGAAGGUUCACUCUCUUACCAAGAACAAGACCAAGAAGUGGACCAUGAGGGUCGACCUGUGGGACCACGAAGGCGGAACCGCUUUCGCCGAGUACAGAAACUUCAGGCUGAGCAACGAGAAAGCAGCUUUCAAACUGCAUGUCGGGAAAUACAAAGGAAACUCAGGCGAUGCCAUCCGCGGUGCCUAUCCAGGCAUUGACCAGAACGGCUUUGGCUUCAGCACCGUGGACCGUGACAAUGACGGCUGCCCCUGUGUCUUUGGUGACAUUCUUGAAACGGCAUGCACCUCUUCAGAAGGCGGCGGUUGGUGGUACAGCCGCUGCGGCUCAGCCAGUCUGAAUGGCGACUGGCAUCCCGCUGAUGACAACAUUGGUUGGGCUUCAGGCCUCCACUGGCAUACCUGGAAAGGACCUGCGCCUUACUCUGUCAAGGCCACCAGAAUGAUGAUUAAGUCCGUGUGAGAGGACCUAACCUGUACUUAUGUUUAUAAUGGCUUCUUCUGUAGCUCACAGAGACCGGUAUUGCAUUUCAACACAUAUUGCAUAUUCCACAUUUCUUAAUGCAAACCUGUUUUCUUUAUUUAAUUGUAUUUGUUUCAUUUUGUUUUAGACGCUGGUUGUACAGUUCGUAGAGUUUCACAUUUCCUUUGGAGAUCAAUUCUUUAUACUUCAGAAAUUUAUGAUGGUAUAGGUAUAGAAUCAGUGCUAUCAGCAUCAUCUGUGAAAGCAAUAGUCUGUCCACAAUGUUUAUUAUUAUUAUGUUUACAACAAUUGUACUGGACUUUACAUGUAUCAACCUCAUCCUCACCAGCUGUUUGAAUGUAGAAACCUUGUCAUUAGAAGUGUAAGAAAUGAUGAUGCAAUGGCUAGUUUACCUGCUAUCUGCUAAUAAAAGCAA